AGAACGCAUUAUAUUAUUGUACACGAGUACAUGUACGUACAUGAUAUACGGGCAUAAAUCCAUCCACUACCAUCCAAACGUGUUCUAGAGGUUAUACCUUAGGCCACGAUCGUUUUAAUACACCCAUCGCCUUGGGAAUUGCUGUUAUUCUUCUGCUAACAUCGGUCAAGUCGAGUUCAGCUAUUCGUUCGAGGUUUAAGUGCACGUAAGCAGCUAAUAUUAUUACCCAAAGCGAUAUUACCGCAAGACGAUGGCCACUAAUGUACUCUUCGCUACAACACUUGUCUGCCUGAUGGCGCUGUCAAUCUUUGGUUUCGUGGAGGCCUACCCCCAACAGUUUUUCCAACAGCAGUCGCAGCAACCGCCCAGGUACGAGCCGAUCACGGAGGUCUGUUUGGGAUGCAUUUGCGAAUCCAUAUCGUCGUGCAACAGCACGUUGGCGUGCGAAGGAGACGUGUGCGGAAUGUUCCGCAUCACGUGGGCGUAUUGGGCCGACUCCGGAAAACCGGUUCUACAAGGAGACAAUCCGAACGACGGACAGGCGUACGCAAGAUGUGCAAAUGAUCCGACGUGUGCCAGACUUUCAGCCGUUACCUAUUUGACCAGAUUCGCACAGGACUGCAACCGCGACGGGGUCAUCGAUUGCUUGGACUACGCGGCCAUCCACAAGCUCGGCGGUUACGGGUGCAGCGCUCCGCUGGACCAGUAUUACAAGAACAAAUACGACGCGUGUCAAAGGGCCGUGGUCGAACUGUCGGGGGCGCCUGGAGCCGAGAGCGGUGUGGAUGUCCGUUUCAACCCGGCCCCGGAGCAGCAGACGCAACGGCCCGAGGCCGAGCAACAGCAACAACUAUCAUUCAACAAUAUAAACGAUAGAUAUACGGCCCUAGAAAUUAUUCGAGGUAAGUAUCGGUUUAGUGGGGACAUGUUGUCCACUUGGGCCAGACCGCUUUCGUAUCAACUUGCGGGCAACAGGCAUCACUGCAGGUAUCUACCCCGUAUGAUCUAUACGACACACGCAUUGUACAGAAAUCCGUCGAACCAACCGGAUGUCAUGGGCGCGCUACUUCGAUUCCUGUUGGCGACGGUGUUCGUCGCAUCGGCGGUACUCUCUCAAAACGAUUUGCAAGAAGAAUUUCCUCCUGGAUGGACAGAAAAAUGCAUAGGAUGCAUGUGCGAAGCGUCAUCCGGAUGCAAUCAAACACUAGAAUGCAUAGAACAGAACGAAGUUAAAUACUGUGGUGUGUUUUUAUUGAGUGAUAUUUAUUGGCAAGAUGCCGGAACUCCUGUUCUUCAAGGAGACAACCCCAUGCGGAUUGGAGCUUUCGAAAGAUGCGUCAGGGAUCCAUAUUGUGCUGCAAGGGCCGUAAAUCAAUACAUACAAAGAUACGCCAAGGAUUGCAACAGAGAUGGUGUGCUAUCGUGUGAUGAUUAUGUUCGAUUACAUUAUUUUGGAGAAGCCAGUUGUGAAAGACCAAUAUCUUCACUUCCAUAUUAUAGAAUAUUUAGAAGUUGUAUUAUGUCUUAAUAUACUUAUUAUAUAUAUUAUAUAUAUAUCUCCCUAAAUUUAUUAUUGA